AUGGCGUGCACGAUAGGGCGUGUGUUGGCCUCGCAGCAUUACUCGACCUUGGUGCCUAGGGGCGCGUUGAGACCCUUGAAGAGUCGUGGCCUUAUCAAGGUUUCCGGCAAAGGGACAUUGAACUUUUUACAGGGAUUAUGUACUCAGGAUAUUAGUCGUGUGUUUGGUGCUAAAGCCGAGGCUCCAAUGGAACAGUCAGCAGCAGCUGCAGUAUUCCUAUCCCCCAAAGGCAGAGUACUUUUCGACUGUUUAAUGUACAGUGGGGUUUCAUUGAAGCCUGAUAGCUCAGAAGGGAUUGUUAGUGAUGAUAAAGGGGAGGAGAGCCUCGUGGUCGACGUUGAUGAGGGUGUGCUGGACAAUGUUAUGCGACUCUUCAUACGCCAUAGGGUGCAUCUGCCGUUGAACAUAGAGAAGCUUGAUAAUCUAGGGGUGUACUGGACGCCAUCGAAGAGCCAAAAUGGUUGUGAUGGUGACACGGAAGUCCCCGUAUAUGAGGACCCUAGGGUGAAGGAUCUGGGCUUGAGAGCUAUAUUGCCCAAGUCCGAUAUUGAUGCUGAAUCGACAGAAGCUUUGUACAGACGGUUACGUAUUGGGUUAGUUGUACCGGAGGGCCCCAAGGAGAUGACUCCUGACAAGGUAUUGCCGUUGAACUACAACCUGGAUCUUACUAAUCAUAUUGCGUUCAACAAGGGAUGUUACAUUGGACAGGAGUUGACCACACGGGCCUCCAAGAAAUUAGCUGUGAGGAAACGACUAUUUGGUAUGCGUAUCGAUGGAGAUGUUGACGUUGAGUCCGGUGCAGAGAUAAUGUGUGACGGUGAGAAGAUUGGUAAAGUAUUAGAGUUGUCAUCAUCGGAGGGUGAUGGAGACGUGCUGGGUAUUGCACAAAUACAUGCACCGAAAGGAAUGCAGAUGAAUACUAAACAGGCUAUGGUCGAAGCUACGAAAAAGUACUUGGAGGACGACCAUAUAUACAUAGAGAAGGACUCGACAAAGAUAGGAGUAGAACUGAAUCUACCCAAGUACAUUCUGUCGUGA